AUGCAAUUUGGCUCUUUAUCUUUAAUUCCACAGGACCUUAUGCCUGUGAUACAGAUCCAACAGUGCAUAAAUCAGCUUAAGUAUGGUAAUAUGAAAGAAACGAUCGAUAAAAUUAAAAAUAUUCAAAAUAAAUUAGACAAUUAUGAUGAUUUAGUAAAUAUAUUGCUUGAUUUGGCAAGAUUAAAGAGCAAAAAUAUGCAAUUAGUUGCGGCAUUCAUUCAAUUAUUCGGUGAAAAGGAUACCGGUUUCCAGAACUCUUUGUUUGAAGCAAUAUCUAUUGAAAAUGGAUAUUUAUUCCGUAACUUAGUACGCAAGCAUUACUUUGGAGAUAAAAAUUUGAUGAUCAAAAUAUGCAAUGAUAGAAGAUUUCACUAUUUCUUUGUCGAUAUGAUUGUAACCAAAGCAGAGUUCGAUAUCACUAAAGAUAAUGUCGAUGAAGACUUCUAUGAACAAAUAAAAAAGCUCAAAAAAUGUCCAAAAGAACAGAUAAGAUCGGUUUAUAAAUGCGGCUACAAACAAGAUACAAUUGAAUUAUAUCUUAAAACCGAUAACCUUGAAAAACUCGCAGCAAUGACCAAAACUCCAAAAUCAGCAAAAUUUUGCCAGUUUGAAGUCCUUAAAGGCAGAGUAGCUAUACUUGAUUUUGCGGCAUUCUACGGAUCCGCUGAAUGUUUUAAGUUUUUACUAUCAAAUGGUCACAAAAUUGGCCAAAAAACAGCUGCAUUUGCAGUUUACUCGGGAAAUCCAGAAAUAUUGGAUUUAUGCCUCAAGGAUGAACCCGCAUCCAUCAAGCAUUGCUUCAUUCCUGCAAUUGUUGCCAACAAAAACGAUUUAUUUGAAAAGAUUUUUAAAUAUACCGACGCCGAAGAGAAAUUUGGCAUUGAUUGGGAGCUCCUCAUCAAAUCCAGAAACUACGGAGUCAUGUGGUCGUACUUCAUGUCCGGUGUUGACUUCACAAAAAUCCAAAAUGGAAAUAAUAUUUUACAUCUUGCAGUUACAACCCAUCAGUACUGUCUUUCCAAGAUUCUUGCAUCUGAUAAAGCCCUUCUUGAUAGCGAGAACCAGUUCAAAAGGACUCCACUUUCGAUAUCUUUAACAAAAGGAUAUGGAAACAUAUCAAAGAUGCUGAUUGAAAGCGGAUCCAAUGUAAAUGUCAAUCUUUGUUCACAAAAAGUUGUCGAAACUGCAAUAAAAUUCGAUCAAGUCGAAACUAUCAAAUAUCUCACGGAAAAAGGUGCAAUAAUUUCAUCAGAUUUUAUUUGUUCCAUACAAAAUAACUUUGCUCAUUGCAAGUCCAUGAUAUUAUCCAAUCCUACCAUUGAUUUUUCCACAACUUCGAAUACAAUUUUACAUGAUGCAGUUUUGAACAACGAUUUUAACAAACUACAGCAAAUAUUAGCCGACAAAUCAACCAAAAUCGAUGAGGUUAAUAGCAUUGGACUCACAGCUUUCCAUUUGGCUUGUAUGACAAAGAAUCCAAACGCAUGUACUUUUCUUUUGUCGAGAGGAUGCAACUUUAAGACGAAAACAAUAUACGGAGAGACAACUGUGAUGACUUGUUGCAAAUAUCCUGAGAUGUACGACAUAUUGAACUACAUGGUUGAUAAUGGCAUCGAUUUGAAUGAAACAAAUUCAACAGGAAUGAACGCUUUGCACGUAGCUGCUGCGUAUGAUAGAAGUGAAUUUAUUGCUUAUUUGAUCUUGAAAGGAGCGAAUAAGAACCAAAAGGACUACAGUCAACGACUUCCAAUUGACUAUGCAAAGUCUUUUAUUGUUAAGAAUGUCCUCUCAAAAAUGUAA